CGCAGCGGGCGCAGGUAACGGGCAGGGGACGGGGGCGGCGGAGCGGAGCCCUUAACCCCCCCCCCGUCUGUGAGGGGCCUUAGUGCCUUAGUGGAGGGUGGCUGGCCGGCCGGCCGGCCGGACCCCGGGGGUGCUGCCGGGCGCUGCUCUCUCUUUUUUUUCCCCCCCCCCCACCCAUUUUGUAGAAUAAGAGUCACGCAAAAAUAUGAAGGAGUCCCUGGCUGCCUAUUAAGGAAAGCGGUGAAACAGACUGAAUGUAACAUUGUGGAUUUACAGUACCUCAUCAAUAGCUUGCAGUGGCAAUGGAGGCAAUGAUGCAGACUGUGUGGUAAUCGCAACAUAAACCAAAAUAUUCCUGGCUGUACAAUACUCUUUCAGUACAAUUCAAUGCCUAACAUUUCAGAAGAGGAAAAGGAGAAUGGGUCUGGAAACAAUGGAAACACUGGAAAGAAACAUGGAAAAGAAUCCCCGGAAGCUUCUCUUCAUGAUUCUGUAAAGCCAUACUGCAUGUCAGAUACCUCCACUGCAUCACUGGUGUCUAGGGGAGAUGGACAUUACCCAUGGGGAUGUCCUGUGACUCAUACACGAGAGAAAUUUUAUACCAUUUGCUCAGACUAUGCUUUUUUAAACAGAGUAACAUCUAUUUGUAAAAGCCCAAGUGCUUCAGUUAGUGCCUGCCUGUCGAGCAGUGCUGCCUUAAAUGUUGGAAAUAACACGCCUAGCUUGCUGGGCGUUCAAACUGGUGCUUCAGACAUAAUCUAUGGUGAAGAUGCUAACUUGGAAGACUUGUCUGGCAGUCUUGGAAAGCUUCCGCUGGCAUGGGAAAUCGACAAGUCAGAGUUCAACAGCAUGACCACAAACCAUAAGAACAAAGCAGGCAAUAUGAAGAAACAAGUGACAAAGAAAAAAUCUGUGGAAAAAAAAAGCAAACAAUACAGGGAGUGUCCUCAGCGCUCUGCUCUUGAGGAUGUGAAGGAGAGGAAAGUGUUGGACCUCCGGAGAUGGUAUUGUAUUAGCCGACCUCAGUAUAAGACUUCUUGUGGAAUUUCUUCAUUAGUAUCUUGCUGGAAUUUCUUAUAUAGUACGCUGGGAGCUGGCAGUUUGCCACCUAUUACUCAAGAAGAAGCUUUACACAUACUGGGUUUUCAACCCCCAUUUGAAGACAUUAGGUUUGGUCCAUUCACUGGAAAUACAACUUUAAUGAGAUGGUUUAGGCAAAUAAAUGAUCACUUCCAUAUCAAGGGAUGCUCAUAUGUUCUGUAUAAACCUCAUGGGAAGAACAAGACAGCUGGAGAAACUGCCUUGGGAGCCCUCGCAAAGCUAACACGUGGACUGAAAGAGGAAUCCAUGGCCUACAUCUACCAUUGCCAGAACCAUUAUUUUUGUCCAAUUGGAUUUGAAGCAACCCCAGUAAAAGCUAGUAAAGCAUAUAGAGGUCGUGUCUUGCAGCAAGAAGUAGAGUAUUGGAUCUUAAUUGGAGAGCCGAGCAGAAAACAUCCAACGAUACACUGUAAAAGGUGGACAGAUAUUGUCACUGACCUAAAUACCCAAAAUCCAGAAUAUCUAGAUAUUCGACACCUAGAAAGAGGAUUGCAGCAUCGAAAAACAAAGAAGGUUGGAGGAAAUCUUCAUUGCAUCAUUGCCUUUCAGAGACUUAACUGGCAAAGAUUUGGUCCUUGGAAUUUUCCGUUUGGAAAUGUCAGGCAGGAUAAACAAUCCCAAACACAAGGACAAGGUAUCGCCAAAUCUGAGAGUGAAGACAAUAUCUCUAAAAAACAACAUGGACGACUGGGUCGAUCUUUCAGUGCCGGUUUCCAUCAGGAAUCUACGUGGAAAAAAUCUAAUCUUCAUGAGAGGAGGAACAGCGGGUAUCAGAGCUAUAAUGAUUAUGAUGGAAAUGAUUAAAAUUAACUUUAGAUAAUAGAGUUGAUAUAUCAAAGUUAGUUUUAAUCAAGAUAUGGUAGGGAUUUAUUAGUCCUAGGUUAUGUAUGAAUAAAAAUUAUUGUUUAAGAUACAGCUUCAUAAUUAUUGAAUAAAUCUGAUUAUAUGGUUGCAAUGGAUGAGAUCUGAUACAUAAACUGACAUUAAGCACAGAUUGUUGUACUUUUGUAAUCAAAAGCAAAUAUGACAGCAAAAACCAAUCACUUAUUUUGAAAUAAUUGUACUAUAUCCUGAGCUGUGAAGACAAAAGAGCAGAUUGAAAUUAGUCAAUGUAAUAAUCAGACUUAAUUGAAAAUACUUAAUACUCAAAAGCAUGAAAAUGUAAUAUGGCUUCAUAAAAAAGGGUUAUUCUGCAUAUGGUGUAAGGAUAAAAGUAAAUAAUUGCCUUUCUUUUCAACAGUCCAUUUUAUUAAAGCUGCUGAUACGCAGUGCAAAGAAAAAUCACAAAGGUUGGAAAAACACCUUGUCAGAUUUACAAAGUGAAUGUAUGUUCUCAGUCUAGUUCCCAGUAGAGUUCUGUCAGUCAGAUAAUCAUAUUCUGUCAAGUAGUUCCCAGUUCCUUUUCCCUUAUCUGGAUGCCUAUUUUAGGCUGAGGGGAAUCACUGGUGCCAGGGAAGGUUCGGGGAUGGGACAUUCUUUGCUGCUUUUGCUCUGUGGGUACAGUAGCUGAUUUCUUAUCCUGGGAGCUUGAGAGCACUGACUCACUUAACACAAGCUUGGGAAAUUCAGUUUUAUAAAGCUGCAUUUCCCAUUAGCCCAAGGAGCUGGCUGAACACAGGGUUCUCUUGGCAGUUCUUUUCCUUGUUCAAUCUUAAAACUGUUGUUUUUGUGCUGCUCUUUUACUUUUGUAUGAUGGUAAUGCAAGUGCCGAAAACUGCUGGGAGUCCUUAUGAUAUACUGAGGGUCCUGGUGGACAGUGGGAUGACCACAAGCCAGCACUGUGCCCUUGUGGCCAAGAAGGCCAAUGACACCCUGGGGUGUAUCGGAAGGGGUGUGGUUAGUAGGCCGAGACAGGUUCUCCUCCCCCUCUACUCUGCCCUGGUGAGACCACAUCUGGAAUAUUGCAUCCGGUUCUGGGCCUCUCAGUUCAAGAAGGACAGGGAACUGCUUGAGAGAGUCCUGUACAGAGCCACGAGGAUGAUUAAGGGAGUGGAGCAUCUCCCUUACAAGGCAAGGCUGAGGGAGCCGGGUCUCUAGCUUGGAGAAGAGGAGACUGAGGGGUGACCUUAUUAACGUUUAUAAAUAUGUAAAGGGCGAGUGUCAGGAGGAUGGAGCCAGGCUCUUCUCAGUGAUACCCAAUGAGAGGACAAGGGGCAAUGGAUGCAAGCUGGAACAUGGGAGAUUCCGCUUAAAUAUGAGACAAAACUUCUUUACGGUGAGGGUGACAGCACUAGAACAGGCUGUCCAGGCGGGUUGUGGAGUCUCCUUCUCUGGAGACUUUCAAAACCUGCCUGGACGUGUUCCUGUGUGACCUGAUGUAGGUGUUCCUGCUCUGGCAGGAGGAUUGGACUAGGUGAUCUUCCAUGGUCCCUUCCAAUCCGUAACAUUCUGUCAUUCUGUGAUACCUCUAGAGGGCCAGCAAACGAUUCAGGUUUUUCCAGGUGUCCGCGUGCAGUCCCUUUGUUUUUUCCCUCCCCGGUUUGGGGUUCAUUCAGGUGUUUGCCCAAACGCAUCUCAGCAGUUGUACCUUUGUGCGUGUGAACGUUCGUACCUGCUCAAGGAUUCAUUUCUUCGACAUAAACUGAUUUCUCAUGGAACGCAGGGUUUUUGUAGGUUGCUGCUUUUGUUAAACCAAAAACGGGAUACUUUCAGACUUUCGCUCAUUCAAUAAAAUUUGUU